GGAUAAAUCGGAGUGCGGCCAGGGGGAGAUGUGGCGCCUGGGCAGUUGAACAUCUUUCGGAAAGCAUUGACCAUAAAAAGAAGGUGUAACUCGGCCUUUGCCUAGAUUGAAAACAAUUAACCUGCCUUAGAAGCUACUGAAUAAUUGUAGAAUAUUCUGCAGAUGCAGAUUAUAUAACCAACGCAAUGAAUGCAACAAAACAAUUAAAACAAAAGACAAUUGACAACUCAUCUCCAGGAACAAGGAAUAAAGGAGGAAAACAGAGCAGAUAUGAAGCUAACCCAAUGGUUUUAAUGCCUGCAGUUCCCAAAGAAACCAUCACGCAGUAUUCUCUGGGUCUUACUUCAGGAAAUAAAGACAGAAUGUUUGAUGAGAUGGAUAUGCUUAGAAAUAUUACAAAACAUCUAAAUGAGAUUGUACAUACAAUGGAAGAUGUGUAUAUAAAGGAAGGUGAAGUUAAAGAAAGUAAAGAAGAAGAGGAGGAAGAGGAGGAAGAACUAUCUAAAGAAGAUUAUGAAGAUAUGACUUCUUUCCUGAUAUGUUGUUCACAACUUAGAACACAAUUGGAAAAUGCACUUCGUGAAGAAAAGCAAAUAUUAGACUCAUUGCUUAAGUGGUUUGAAAAGGAGGUCCAUGAGAUGGAAGAGUUAGGCGAGGAAGAAAUUAUCCCAGACUGGCAAGUUCCUCUAGCAGAUAAAAGCAUAACAAAUAAUAUCAAUCAGUUACUGAAUCGCAUUCAAAGACUUGAAGAACUAAAAGGCCGUGUUCAAGAACUACCCAAACUUAUUCAGUUUUCUAUACCUAAACAGGAAAAGAAAAAAGCAGUAAGCCCAACACCUCCCACUCCAAAAGAUCCAAAAAAUAUAAUUGAAGAACUUGCUACAAAACAUUUCACUGAAGAUGUGUUCAAUAUGGUACAGGUUUUCCAAGAAGAUGCAGGACAACCACAAACAAUUGAGAUGAUGAACAAUCGCAUGAUAGAAAUAAUGAAAGUAUUUGAAAGACAAACGAACAAGUUACACAGAGUUGUAAAUGAACAGGAUGUGCUGGAAGGUAAAUUACAGAAAAUUCAGAAAGAAUUUAAAAAGCUAACAGAAGAAAAAGAAAUAAUGGAGGACGAACUUCAAAAAAUGAAAUCUUCAGAGCAAGAUAAAGGAAUACCAAACACAAGGAAAAAGUUACUAAAACUGGAGAAGAUGAAAAUUGAAGAGAAACCACAAGGUUCUUCAGAAAAGGCUCAGGUAAUGCAGAAACUGGAGUCUGGUUUUGCAAAGGAAAAAGAACAAACACAAAUGAAAGAUGAUUUAAAUAAAGCUCAGGAAGACAUUCAGUCCCUUCAGGAAGAGAAGAAAAUGCUUGAGGAGAAGCUACAAAAAGCUUUACAGGAAGUUGAAAAGGCAAAGAUUCAACUUGCUGAAAUACCACCAACAAUUCCAGACUGGCAGUUCCCUUUAUCAGCAGGUGUGGAAGAGGUUCCAAAGAAAGGCAAGAAAGCAACAAAAGGGAAAGUUAAAGGAGAUGAUUUAAUUAGCAAAACAGAAAAAACAACCCCUAAAUUACAAAAAACGGAAACAGGAAAAACAAGUGAAAUACUUCCACGAAAAAGUCAGGAACUUUCUAAACAAAAAGGAGCAGCUGGUGUUACGGAGAAGCUGUUAAAACAGGCUUCCCAACCUGAAGAUACUGAUAAAAAACAGGAAGAAUCUAAGAAAAUAAAAACGGAGACGGUUGAUUCCAAAGAUAUGGCAAAACCCAAGGAUUCUUCUGAAAUGAAGAAGCGACGUUUGAAGGGCGCAGGGAAAGAGGUAUCUAUAGAAGAAAAGCAGCAAUUGCCUGAUUCUGCAAAAGAUGAGGAAAAAAUAUUGCCAGUGAUUUUAGAUAAACAUGUAGAAAUGCUUCCACCAGACUCAAAAAGCCUGAGAGAAGAAAUUACUAUAUCUCCUCAAGAACAUAUACCAAGUACUAAACAGAAAACUUUGCGAGUUACUCCAGAAUUCAAAAUGAAGGAUACAGCUGAAGUUAAGCCUUUAACAUUGCAAAAAGAAAUUCCAAGACUUGACAUAGACUCGGUAGAACUUAAAAAAGACGAAAUUACAGAGGAGGAAAGUCACCACUUGAUCAGUAAAAGCAUGCUUCAGUUAAAAGAUCAUUUGACUAAACUAAAGGGAAUGCCUGAAGCUGAAACUUUAGCGAAACUCUUGCUUGAGUCUGGCAAAGGUGAAAGAGAGGAAGAUGAAAGAAAAAGAACUUUGCUUGCAAAUAUAGUAUCGGUUGUUAGACCUUUAUUGCAAGAGCAGUCUCCUAAAGCUGAUCUUUCAGAAAUAGAAAGAAAUGAUCUGGCAGAGGAAAGAACAGCCUUCCUUUCAAUCCUAGACUCACAAAUAAAAGAUUAUCAACAAGUUAGAAAACUAGAAAAUAUUGAAACAGAAAUUAGGAAGCUUUCAGAAGAAAGAACCCAGUUACGUGCAAGUGUGGAAUUAAAUAUGAAAGAUUUGGAACGAGCCCAAGCUCUUGCAUCUUCCCAGCCAUCAGAAAUUAAUGAGAACAGAGUAAAAGAACUGGAAAAACAAGGAGCAUUAUUAGUUGAUAAUUUGGAGGCAAAUCAACAAGAACUUGAAAGUGCUAGAUUCCUUGAAGAGAAGAAGAUUGAUAAACUGGCAAAACAGAGCCUAUCUUUGCUUGCAAUUUUGAAAUCAAAUAUAAAGGAGCUAGAAGAAGCUGAGACUCUUGUAGCUACCCAACCAAGCAUUACUGCUGAUUUAAAAAUAAAAGAAUUAACUGAAUUAAGAAAUGAAGUGGCUGAGCAUUUAGAGCAAAAUCUGCAGAAUAUCCAAAGAGCAUGGUCUCACGCUCCAGGACUUACAAUUGAAAGCAGACUUCAAGAAAAGGAAUUAGAGGAAUUACAUGAACUAUCUGAACUGAAGCAGCAGUUACUGGAAUCACUGGAAUCUAAUCAGAAAGAGCUACAAGAAAUUCAAGAACUUGCAGCUGCCCAAGCUUGCAGUGUCACUGAGCAUAUGUUACAGGAAUUAACUGAGCAAAGAAGACAUUUGACCAUAGAUCUGGAGGCAACACUAGAUGGCAUACAAGAUAUAUGUCAUCGACCUGCAGAAAGAAGUACAUUUAUACAACCUUCUGAAAAGGAAAUGCAUGAUUUACACAAACUAUCUGAAAAGAAGGGACAGUUACUUGAAACUUUGGAGUCUAAUUGGAGAGAGCUAGAAGAAAUUCAGGAACUUGCAGCUAUUCAACCAAGCGAUAUCACUGCACAUAAGCUGCAGGACUUAACUAAGCAAAGAAAACACAUGACCACAGAAUUGGAAGCAACUCUAGAUGGUAUUCAAAAUAUAUGUCAUCAGGCUUCAGAAACCUGUACAUUUAUACCACCUUCUGAAAAAGAAUUACAUGAAUUGGAUGAAUGGUCUGAUAAAAAACAUCAAUUGCUGAAAUCACUGCAAUCUAAUCAGAAAGAGCUGCAAGAAAUUAAGGAAUGUGCACCUAUGAAACCAGACAGUGUUAGUGAGCAUAAAUUGCAGGAAUUAAAUGAGGAAAUAAGAAAUUUGACCUUAGAGUUGGAGACAACUCUAAAUGGUAUGCAAAAUGUAUGUUGUCGUGCUUCAGAAAAAAUUAUAUUUAUACAACCUACUGAAAAAGAAUUACAUGAGUUGCAUGAACUAUCUGAAAAGAAAUAUCAAUUACUGGAAACACUGGGCUCUAAUCGGAAAGAACUACAAGAAAUUCAGGAACUUGUAACUACCCAACCAGGCAGUGUCAGUGAGCAUAAGUUGCAGGAGUUAGCUGAACAAAAAAUAAAUUUGAUCUCAGAUCUGGAAGCAGCUGUACAUGAUAUACAAAAUAUAUGUCGUCAUGCUUCAGAAAGGACUACAUUUGUACAGUCUACUGAAAAAGAAUUACAUAAGUUGCAAGAACUAACCAAAAAGAAACAACAGUUACAAGAAACCCUGGAAUCUAAUUGGAUAGAGCUACAAGAAAUUCAAAAACUUGCAGCUAUGCAACCAGACAGUAUUAGUGAAUAUAAGCUGCAGGAAUUAACUGAGCAAAGAAGACAUUUGGCCACUGACUUGGAGGCCACUUUAGAUGAUAUACAAAAUGAAUGUCGCCAUUAUUCAGAAAGCACUACAUUUAUACGAUCUUCUGAAAGAGAAUUACAUGAGUUGUUAAUGAAGAAGCAACAGUUACUAGAAAAGAUGGAAUCAAAUGAAAAAGAGCUACAGGAUGCUAAGGCUCUUGCAACUACCCAACCAGGCAGUAUCAGUGAUUAUAAACUACAGGAACUAACCAAGCAAAGAAGAUCUCUCAUUGCAAAUCUAGAGACAAUUACGCAUGAAAUACAAAAAGAAUUUACAUCUGAAGUUGUUUCUGUUGUGCAUCCUGAUGAAAGAGAAUUAUAUGAGUUAUCUGGAAAAAGAGAAGAAAUACUGGCAAAGCUUGAAUCUGUUCAGGAAGAAUUAUAUGAAACUUCAGCUUCUGAAGCUAUAUAUCCUGGCAUUUUCAGUGAAAAGGAAUUAUAUGACCUAUUAAUGAAGAAGAAAGAAUUGCAAGAAAAGUUGCAGUCCAAUGAGAAGGAAAUUGUGGAAGCUCAGAUUCUUGCAUCCAUCCAUCCAGGCAUUAUCAAUGAACACGCACUUCAAGAAUUGGUUGAAGCAAAAAAACACUUGACUACAGAUUUAAAGGCAACUAUACAUGAUAUUCAGAAGGCAGAACAUGCUCAUUUUGAACGACCUAGUGAAAUAAUUCAAAAAGAGAGAUCACUGAAUCACUUACUUAAAAAAAAGGAGUUACUACAGAAACGUUUGGAUUCUAACUGGACAGAAUUAGAAGAUGCUCAGGCUCUUGUAAUGGCCAAACCUGGAUAUAUCAAUGAGCAUAAACUACAAGUAUUAUCUGAUGAAAGAAGCAAUUUGUCUAAAGAGCUAAAGAAAGUUUUUCAGGAGAUAUUAGCAUUGCAGCAAGGUGCUCCAGAGAAAUUUCCAGAUAGACAUUAUGGAGAAAAAGAAUUAUAUACACUAUCUAAGAAGAAACAACUGUUAUUGGAAAAUUUAAAAAGUUUACAAGAAGCUCAAGCUUUUGCAGCGGCCCAACCUGGCGGUUUGGAUGAAGAUAAACAAAAGCAGUUAAAUGAACAAAGAAAACAGUUAACUACAGAGUUGGAGAAAAUAGUAAAGAAUAUUCAAAGAGUGGAACAUAGUACUUCAGAAAUACGUCUAGAUAUAAGAGCCAGCGAGAAAGAUCUACAUGAAUUGUUAGAAAAGAAGUUUGAAAUACUGGAAGAUUUGGCAUUCAAUCAAAAAGAGCUGCAGGAAGUUCAAGUUCUUGCAGCUGUCCAGCCAGACACUAUCAGUGAUUAUAAACUGAAAGACCUCACUACGAAAAAUAGGUAUUUGACUGAAUAUCUAGAAGCAACUGUACAAGAAAUACACGAAAUAUCAAAAAAAAUUUCAGAAACAAUUAUUAUUACAAGACCCAGUGAAGAAGAAUUAUGUGAACUAUUUGAGAAGAAAGAACACUUGCUAGAAAAUCUGGAAUCUAAGGAGAAAGAAUUAAAAGAAGCUCUUGAAAUUAGUCAACCAGGCACUGUCAGUGCACAUAGACUACAAGAAUUAAAUGAGCAAAGAAGACAUUUAAGUGUAGAACUAGAAGCAACUGUACAUGAUAUACAAAAAAUAGAAGAUCAUGUCUCAGAAGAAGCCUUAAUGAGAAGAUCUGAGGAAAUAAAACUGCAUAAAUUACAUGCAUGGAAGAAGCUUUUAUUAGAACAUUUGGAAUCAAAUCUGGAACUACAAGAAGAAAUCCAGGCUAUGGAACCAGAUAAUACUACUGAAAAAAAGAUGGAGGAAUUACACGAGCAAAGAAAGGUUUUAAUUGAAAACCUGGAAGCAGUUGUGGAAGAUAUAGAUGAUACAAAAAGUUAUAUUUCACAAACAGGAGGAGUUAUCAAAUAUGUUGAAAAGGAUUUGGGAACACUUUAUCAGAAGAAGCAAAUGUUUUUGGAACGUUUGGAGUUAAAUUUAAACAACCUUCAAGAAACACAGACUGUUGUAGUUACUCAUCCAAGCAGCAUAAAUGAACAAAAAAUAAUUGAUCUCACAAAUGAAAGAAAGCUUUUGGUUGCUGGUCUUGAAGCAGUUAUUCAAGAUUUACAAGAUAUGAAGGAUAUUACUAAAGAAACAGUUAAAAAAUCCAAAAAACAGCUUUUGGAAGCACUAUGUGAACAAAAAGGGUUGUUAUUGGAAAAGUUGUCAUCAAAUCUGAAAGAUUUGAAGCAAACACAGGCUCUUGCAGUUGCUCAACCGGGCAGUAUUAAUGAGCAAAAUAUACAAGAACUCAAUGAACAAAGAAGGCUAUUGUCUAUAGGCUUAGAGGGAAUUGUACAAAAUAUUCAACAUAUACAGAAUCUUAAAUCAAGCGAAACCGAACUAUUAACACCCGGUGAAAUACAAGCAUUAUCUGAGAAGAGAAAGUUAUAUUUGGGUAAUAUGGAAUUAAAUCUGAAAGAUUUGAAAGUUUUGCAGGCCGCUGCAGUUACGCAACCAGAUAAUGAACAGAUAAUUCAACAAUUAGCUGAAAAAAAAAUAAUAUUGUUUGGCAAUCUGGAGAGAAUUAUUCAAGAUGUGGAGCAAGAACAGAACUCUGAUUUAGAAAAAGGGUUGAUGAAAAGAUCUGAUGAGAGAGAAAUACAUGAGCUGCUAGUGUUUUCAGCACUAGAAUCAAAAUGUUAUGAACUGGAAGAAAUGGGGAUUCUUUCAUAUAAUCAGCUGGAUGUUAUCAAAAGGAAAGUGAACGAUUUAAAAGAAAAAAGAAAGAGUUCAUUUUAUGGACAUCAUUUACUUUAUCCCAAAGAAUAUCCAGUAGAAAAUAUGCUUGAGAGGCAAAAAGAAGCAUUAAAAGAAUUCCUCCAACAAAGAAAGUAUUUGUUUUCAUAUCUGCGAUCAAGUAUUGAAAAUCUGCAACAAAAAAGCAUUGCUUGGCAAGAAAUUUCUGAUAAGAACAUAGCAAAACAAAAAUAUUUGGCUGCAAAACUAGAAGCAAAUAUGAGAGAUAUACAAGCUGCUUAUGAAAAAACACAGAAAAUAGAAAAGUCCAGAGAUGUUGAAUCAAGGCAACAGUUUCAACCACUAGUUAGUCAGAAGACCACUGUAACUCAACCGUCAUAUCACCAACUAUUGAUGGCAAAAGUUUCAGCUCUACAUAUAAGCAAAGCUCCUAUGAUGAAAAGUAUCAGACAUGAAGAGACAAGCCUAGAUAGUACAAAAUCAGAGGAAAGACCCACUAGUUCUCUCUUAGCGGAGCGGAGCAAAAUUCUAAGCAGGGAAGUAGAUAUGUCAAGUAGAAGCAAACUUAGCACACAAUCUUUGCAAAAAAUAUCUAGUCUUUUUCCAUUUGAUAUCAGCAAGUUUUCUGCUGAUAUUGCAUUGCACGAAUUACUAGAAUACAACAGGACUCUGCUUCCAGGCCAUAAAGCAAAUCUUCAGCAUGCAUGGCAACUUGCACAGCGAAAGAUACUACAACAACAAGCUAAUCUUGCUGAAAAGUUCAGAAGCUUGUCAGUGUUUUUGCCUCAACCAGGUGGCACUACUAGGUUCCACGAUUAUUCUGGCCAUCCUUCAAGACCAGCAUGGGAAGCAAACCAGUUAAGCCAAAAGUGCUACCCCCAAAAGCUGACUUUCUUAAAGAGAAGACUAUUGGGACCAGAAAUAAAAAACAAUAUAAAAGGGACCAGUUAUUCUUCAGCCUUACAAGGACUAACUACUCAAGUUCAAGAUUUGGAUUCAUUCGUUAUUUGUGGAAAGGGAUGCAGUCCUCCAAGAAAAGAUGGAACUUCCUCAGUUAUAUGGCAAAAUCCAAGAAAUCCAAGAAACCACUGAUCCAACUUUUAUCUUUUGGAAUAAUUCAUUAUACAGCAACCUUGUAACUUUCAUCUUUAUAACUAUGAUAAGGAAAAAUUAAGGCAUUCAUGUAUGAAUCUUUUGAGACCUGUGAAAACUGUAAUUUGCAGUGUAACGGCAGUUAAAAUAUACAUAAGCUGAACUACCAAAUCAGAGUAAUGAUUUUUACUCCAUUUGAUAAAAGUACAUUUAUGCCUCUCUGAAAUGUCUGGAAUUCAGAUAUUUUAAAAAAUAAAUCUUUGGACCUAACUAACCGGACUAUUAAAAUUCACAGAACCAGCUAAUAUAAUUGAGUAAACUUUAUGCUAAGUCAUAAUACAGUUCAUUUUAUAGAAUUCCAUGCUGUUUGCUCUCCACCACACUUAAGCAGCUAGUGAAUGUUGACUUAUAAGGAAAGUGAGGGUCCUCCUUGUCUUGUUAGAUACAGAGAUCAUAAAAGCAAGUUCAGAAAAAUUAGAUGGAUUUUUUGGGGAACUAGGGAAUUAUGCUGAUACGGAUGGAUAUCAAGUUCGUUCUAACUUCCAAGAACUG